AUGUCUGGAUCGGCCUUUUCAGAGACUCCUGGAAGUGGUCCGAUGGAAGCAGCUCCUCGUUCAGAAACUGGAAGAAAGGGCAACCUGAUAACAGGGGGGGGAGGCAGGAGGAUUGUGCAGCAGCAGAUUUCAGCUCCUCUGGAAGAUGGACUUGAUUUGUUUCUGUUGUCCACACCUCCACCCACUGAGACAACAACACAGAGUUUAGAGUCCAGUUCAGGAAGCUCCACACCUCCACCCACUGAGACAACAACACAGAGUUUAGAGUCCAGUUCAGGAAGCUCCACACCUCCACCCACUGAGACAACAGGAGAUCUGUGGAUGAUUGUGGUCGUGAGUGUUGCUGUCAUCAUCACCUUCAACAUCAUCAUCAUCAUCUUCCACAUCUCACAGCUGGCACUGAUGAUAAUCUGUUACCGGAAGGUCUCCAGCAGCAAAACCAUAGAGGACUAUAUGAGGAAAACAGGCAGCCCAAACAUGGAGCUCUAUGACGACUGUCGUCCAGUCGAUGCAGGUGAAGACUCCACCUACGAGAGUAUCGAUCCAGUGGGCAGGGACCAGGACCAGAUCCACCAUACACCCCCAUAAGCCUCCAGAGUCCUGAGCCCUGUGCUACCAAGCUGGAUUUGAUGGUUAUUGAGGUAACUUCAGCUCUAACCCUGGGUGUUUGGUAUCAUGAAGGUGGUUCUCUUUUAAUCUGGCCAGAUCACCAUGGCAACUCAUGCUGAGAAGCUAACCUGGUUGGGACCAGGUUAUGUUCUAGACAAGAGAUCAGCGUCUAUAAAAGCCCCGCCUACUGACCAAUCAAUUCUCCUUGAGAAUGGCGUCACCUUUUUGGAGAUCAUGUGGAUCUUGGGCCGUAGGUCUCUGAGGAGGGCGAUAGUUUUUCGAGGGUUAGGGUUAGAGACCCAGAAGAAUAUUUAUAUGAGAAAUACAGAUCCUCAGCGGGGAGAAUAAGGU